AUGGCUGUCCAGUCUCUUCUUAAAAACCUCCAGGGAAGGCUUGAUCCCAAAAACACUGGUUUCGUUGGGGUGGAGACCUUUGCCAGCCUGGUCCACAGCCAUGAACUCCCUCUGGACCCUGCGAAACUGGAGAUGUUGGUGGCCUUGGCGCAGAGCAAUGAUGAGGGUCAGAUCUGCUAUCAGGAGCUGGUAGAUCUGAUAAGCAGCAAGCGUUCCAGCAGCUUCAAGAGGGCCAUCGCCAACGGACAAAGGGCCCUGCCUCAGGAUGGCCUCCUGGACGAGACCGGGCUGGGCUUCUACAAACGCUUUGUGCGCUACGUGGCGUACGAGAUCCUCCCGUGUGAGAUGCACCGACGGUGGUACUUCUACCAGCACCGUGCCUGUCCUCCGCCGGUCUUCAUGGCUGUGGUCACACUCACCCAGAUCAUAGUUUUCCUUUGCUAUGGAGCGCGGCUGAACAAGUGGGUGUUACAGACCUACCAUCCUGAGUACAUGAAAAGCCCUUUGGUCUACCAUCCUGGACAUCGCGCCCGGGCCUGGCGGUUUCUCACGUACAUGUUCAUGCAUGUUGGUUCGGAAGUGGGCCGGGCCGUCUGGCUGCGUUUCUCCCCGCCGUUGCCCUCCGCCGGCCCCCAGCCCAGUUUCAUGGCCCACUUGGCCGGGGCCAUUGUGGGCAUCAGCAUGGGGCUGACCAUCCUCCGCAGCUACGAGGAGAACCUGCAGGAUCAGUGCGGCUGGUGGGUGGUGCUCCUCUCCUAUGCCACCUUCCUGGUGUUUGCCGUCUUCUGGAACAUCUUUGCCUACGACCUUCUGGGGACGCAGAUCCCGUUGCCCCCGUAG